UCUUCGUUCCCAGGGUUCCGUGAGAGCCGUUUGCCCCACCCCACCUCUUCAACGCUAUCUAUCUCAAUGUUCAAUCCUCAGAGAGAAAAGGGGGCAAAAAUAAUUCAGAGUAACACCGCAAAGAAACGAUUCUCCUUUCCCCGACCGGUUCACCGGAGCCGACGCGGCCUCUCGGUGGUAAAAGAUAAACGUCUCGCCGUUGGACCAGUGAUUGAAAACACCGCGGUAUGUUCAUGUAUCAUGCACAUGUAACCAUAAUCUGCCAUACGGAUUCAAAGGGAAUACAAAAAGCUGAGAGACUUGACAGCGGGCUGUACCUGCGCCAAACUACGGGGAAAUAACGGAGGAUUUUCCCACGAGUAUCACCUGGAUAUUGCGUUAUAUUCAAGGACAUCCAACUGCCAAAAAACCCAACCGCCUUUGCUUCCCGAUGUGAGGAGAAAUACAAAUUAACGUUACAGAGAGAAACCGGACUGAGAAGGGGCCUUUUUUCUUUUGGGGUCUGGUCAAACCCUCAGAAAAAAGCAAAGCACCAGCAUCUGUUGACAGGGAGAGGAAAGGAUUUUGACAUCGGCUAAAAACAGGAUAUUAUUGAUAACGACGACAACCCCCCCCCCCCCCCCCCCCCCCCCAAAGAAACGGUGUAUAAUGUGACGGGUUUGAAAGACGGUGGUGAUAGAGAAAGAAGCCCCGGUGUAGCCUGAUGAUUCACAUGCCGUCAUUUUAAGAGGAAAUAUUUAUUUUGUAUUUGUUUCCCACCCUCCCUCUGAUGUGCUUUGGUUAGGUGGAUUGCAAAAAAAAAAAAAAAAAAAAAACUAAUAAUAAUAAUAAUAAUAAUAAUAACCUAAAACAUACAUUUAAAGGGUAAAAAAAAAAAGGUCGAGAAAAUAGGAUUUUGAGUGGAAAAGGAUUGAAUGGCAGUGUGAGAUAUCUGCCGAAGAUGGGCUCCAGAGGAGACAUUUGCUAAGAAAAUUAAACAUACUAACGUGAAAAUAUAUAUGUUGUAAAAGCCAGCGUUUAAAUUGAAAACCCCUCUGAGGAAACAGGACCACCGACGUUCAUUCAUGUACAUUGCAAGCCUGGAAAUUUCACCUCCACUCUCGUAUCAAUGUUGAUGACUUCAUUGCGGAUUUACAGUGAAAAACACAAGAAUCAAGCGUCUGAGAGGGCGGCAUCGUUGCUGUGUUCCUUUUCUCUUUUUGUUCUAGUGAUCUAUUGUUGAUAAAUUGCUAGUAAAUAGCCACAUCCAUCAGAUACAUAUUGUGCCAAAGCCUGGUGGAGCCCACCGUCUACUACCUAACAUCUUGCUUUAUCUGGCAACAUAAAUGUCACCCAUUUUGAGCCAGGUGUUCCUCUGUUGGGCCAGUCUAGGAAUUUAGGAUUGAUAGAUUUUCUUCUGAUCAACACCCUCCCUCCCUACACCCACCUACCUACCAACCACCCACCCUGCCUCCCCCCUGAACCUAUCACUGGGUUUUUGGGAAGAUGGGCUGUCUUGGCAAUAGUAAGACCGAAGACCAACGAAAUGAGGAGAAGGCACAGAGGGAAGCCAACAAAAAGAUAGAGAAGCAGCUCCAAAAAGACAAACAGAUAUACCGAGCGACUCACCGGCUACUACUAUUAGGUGCCGGUGAAUCCGGGAAAAGCACGAUAGUCAAACAGAUGCGAAUAUUGCACGUCAAUGGCUUCAACGCAGAGGAGAAAAAACAGAAAAUCCAUGAUAUCAAAAACAACAUUAAAGAAGCUAUAGAGACGAUUGUGUCUGCCAUGACUACGCUCACACCGCCAUGCAAGUUAGCCUGUCCUGCAAACCAAUGCCGACUCGAUUAUGUCCUGCACCAAGUAAACCAGAAGGAUUUUGAGUUUCCUUCGGAGUUUUAUGACCACGCAAAGAUCCUCUGGCAGGACGAUGGUGUGCGGUCCUGCUGGGAAAGGUCCAACGAAUAUCAACUCAUCGACUGCGCACAGUACUUCUUAGACCGGAUCGAUGUGGUCAGGCAGAAUGACUACACACCCACUGAUCAGGACCUGCUGAGAUGCAGAGUUCUGACAUCUGGGAUCUUCGAGACACGAUUUCAAAUAGACAAAGUCAAUUUCCAUAUGUUCGAUGUCGGAGGUCAGAGGGAUGAACGUCGAAAAUGGAUCCAGUGUUUUAACGAUGUGACGGCCAUCAUCUUUGUGGUGGCGAGUAGCAGCUACAACAUGGUGAUCAGGGAAGACAAUCAGACCAACAGACUACAGGAAGCGCUCAACCUUUUCAAGAACAUUUGGAACAACAGGUGGCUACGGACUAUUUCGGUAAUCCUCUUCCUGAACAAACAGGACCUGCUCGCUGAGAAGGUUUUGGCAGGGAAAUCUAAAAUCGAGGAGUAUUUCCCGGAGUUUGCACGCUACACUACACCUGACGAUGCAAUACCAGAGCCGGGUGAGGAUCCCCGCGUCACAAGGGCAAAGUACUUCAUUCGCGAUGAGUUUCUGAGGAUCAGCACAGCCAGCGGGGAUGGACGGCAUUACUGUUACCCCCACUUCACCUGCGCGGUCGACACAGAAAACAUCCGCCGCGUCUUCAAUGACUGUCGCGACAUCAUACAGAGGAUGCACCUACGGCAGUACGAGCUCUUGUGAUGGGCAGCGGCGUCCGGCCUACUUAUCUACCUACCAACCUACCCAUCUAACCCCACCCCCCACCCCCCAUGACCAGUUAGCCAAUCACCGUCCCCCUCCACUUCCACCAACUUCACCAAACAACCGAGCCCUCCCCUCCAUCCUGAUACAACUCCUACUUCUCCCGGUGACACGACUUCAGAAGAACAGGACAGUGGAAAGACUUUUCUUUAAAAAAGGAAACACAGAUAAGGACACACCAACAUUCUCAUUAACUAUUAGCCAGGACUGACGGCUGUACUCAGCUUCACUUUGACCCAGAAAAGAGGGUCAAGACUGGAAUCCCUCAGUGCACACUAUCCCUCCUUUUCACUCUUGUUCUCUCUCUUACUCUCUCUCAGAUAUAUGAACAAACACACACUCACAGGUACACACACACACACACACUACAGCAUAAGACAUUCAGAGCCCUUAGAUAGGUUUUAAUGUCUCAUAUCGCACACACACACACACACACACACACCCUUUUAAAACCAACUCCUCCUGCUUCUAACAAUCGGCAGAGGCUGAAUGAAAUAAUGCAUUCUGAGAGAGAGGAGUUUAUUCACCGCGUGCUGAAGACGACGACGACGACGGAGGAGGAGAAGAACGGAACAAUGGACAUGGAGGAUGGCGAACUGAGGAGGGCUGUGAGCCUUUUUUGUUGCCCGAACAGACGGACUAAUUGACAAACGGCUGCCUGUGGACGUGAGCGUGACUCGAACAUUAGACCACACGGCUCACAUGAUCUGCUCUUUAAAAAACCAAUUGAGGAGAAAACAAAAAACAAAUGGAGGGAAAAAAAUGAAAAGAAAAACCAUACAAUGCAUAAAUUCAUGCAUACCAGUGAACUUCAUGCAGUGCAAAAAAUCGAAGCUAUAUAUAUAUUUAUAUAUAUGUGUGUGUGUAUUUAUAUAUAUAUAUAU